AUGACGUUACUCUUGUCCAUAGGUGAUACCGGAUCCUUUGCGGUUUUGUUCAACCAACAGAACGAAAAUAUCACCUUCACAUGUGAAACGGAGCAUGAGGAAAAACUGCCGUAUCUAGAUCUUCUAAUUGUACGAAUGGAUGACGGGAGCAUUAAAACCGAUUGGUAUUCCAAACCAAUGGCUUCAGGACGGCUUCUAAACUUUCACUCGUUCCACCCACUGGAUCAGAAGUUGGCAGUGGCAACAAGUUUCAUCGAUCGGGUCAGAUCAUUAACUACGAUCAAAAACGAAGCUGAGCAAAACAAGACCAUCAAGGAAAUCCUUCGCAGAAACGACUAUCCUUCCCAUCUGAUCAACAGACUACUACAACACCCACUAAAACUAAGUCAGCAUGAGACACCAACACAAUAUCGCUCCAUCAUCAACGUACCCGGAUUAAGCCAACACAUCAAACGCAUCUUACGGGAAAACUUUCCGUUGGUCGGCAUAGCAUGUAGGAAUGAACACACGGUCAGCUGUCUCUACAAAACCGCAAAGGAUCCGGUAUCACCUAUGGACAAGAGUAACGUCAUCUACAGAAUUAACUGCCAAGACUGCCAAUGUUGUUAUGUAGGGAUGACAACAAACACAUUAAGAACGCGGAUGUACGGACACAAUACGCACAUCAACACUCUUCGGAGACUGCUGGAUGAUGGAGAACACUACUCCGAUAACAGAGUACAGCAUCUGAAAGAGAAAACGGCUCUCAUGGAACAUAGCAUCUCCGAAGAGCACUGGUUCGAUGUAAACAAUCCGAAGAUCAUCGACAACAGCCACAAACCCCAAUCUCUACCCACACUGGAGAUGUGUCAUAUACGAAGUACCCCACACACCGUCAACCGUCGCACUGAUACCGAAGGUCUGAGCGUAGUAUACAGCUAUCUCCUAUCUUCGAUACAGCAAAUACAGACACACAAACCUCCACCGCGACCAUCAUCUGGAGAGCAACCUGAAAACAGCGCAACAACAACCAAUACAAGUCCAUCCUGAGAGAUACAUCUCGUUUGUAGGUACAAGUAAAAAGUGCGCCAUACUAGGAACCUCGCGUAGCAAACAGUGUCAAGCACAGUUAUAGCAAUUAAGUCCCCUGCAACAUCGAAAAACUCCCUGACCGUAAGCAGAGGCUAAUUCAUCCAGAUGUAGGUCUAAUAACCAUGCAACAAAAUAUAGGUCGAACGAUGUGUUUAGGUAUUAAUUUGUAUCUUCCUCUAUAGCGAUGCCCCAGUGGAGGAAGAUUAACCCUUUUAAACCCGACAUUUUACAAUUAGCAAACAAAAAAAUUUUAACUUGUUGAUUUAAAAUCGAGCCCUGAAGAAGGUCCACUCCCCGGACCGAAACGUCGGCAAAGAUUAAAAAGUAAUCGAUGCAAGUUUGUUGACUGUUAAAGCCGAAUCACACUCUUUCUCGCAUUCUUUGGUAUUCUCGUUGACCACAAAAACCGCUGCCUCAUCGACAACAAAACAAAACUCCACUCUAUCGGUGGAUUAGUAUCUACUUGUCUGUACGGAAUAACAACAAUCAACAUUGACCAUCCAUUUCGAGAUCUUUUGCAUGAGUACCGCGACAUAACGCUGCCGCACGCUAUGUCUGAACUAGCAGAUUAUAAAAAUUGAAUGUACAUCGGGUUUCUUUCCACACAAUAUCAGAAUUCAUGCUAUAUUAUGCGGAAACUUUUAAAAUGUUUCAUGGGGGAAAUUUUGAUUUUUUCAUCUUUUUAACUGUUUUUCAUAUAAAUUUGCAUGAAAUUCUCAUUUUCGGCCAAUUUCUCCCCCAUACAAAAUGUAUGGAAAAAUAUUCACCGACAGAAUAUUGACCUCGCAGCACCAAAUCGGAGUUCGCCAGUUGCACUAGCGAAGCGAAGUUUUCAGCGAACUUUCUGUCAUUCCUCAUCCGACCCGACAUGCAUCCCUGAUGUUUUCGUUUUCAGUCCGACGCCGUGUCGACAAUCACGACUUUAUCCUACCUGGGCGUCUGUCAGUGCGAGCGCGCCAAAUUUUUCGUGAGUGAGCAUGUGGUGUUGGUGGUUAAGGUGAAACGGUACGCUAAGCGCUAUUAAUUAGAAAAAUUGUUUCGGUAAUGUCGAUCGGCUUUUUUUUUGCGAAAACGCAAACUGAAAUGUAUUAAUUUAUUAAAAAUAGUAAGCGCACGGGUACAAUAGGUUAGCAAGUUCGGAAUUUUGUGUGAAAUUAGUUUUUGUUUUCACCAUGGAAAAAUGCUUCUGACUACCAUGGUGAGUUCGUCUCAUUUCCCCUUAAGUUCGCUAGUAAUGUAAUGAAGUUUGAGCGAUGCUCAUUCUUCGGUUUUCUUCCAAAUCCACAAUAUUUUGAAACCUUCUGCAAAUGAAAAUAUAGCUUGAAUAGUGCUGUUUAGUGGCAAGAAACCCGCUGUACAUUCGAUUUUUAUAAUCUACUGGUUCUGACAUAGCGUGUGCCGUCAACGAUACGAGCAGCAGUGAAAGAACGUGAAGUCAAGCACUACAUUGUCACAAAAGGUCCUCCUGUCGCUUCAAAAGCACGAAGGUUGGCUCCGGAUAAGUUGGAGGCUGCAAAGAAGGAAUUCAAGGUUAUGGUAAGUUUCCAGUUCCCAAGUAGAGCGCUCAAGUAAAAUUCCUCCUUUUUCCGUAAGUAAUUUUGACAUUUGUUUAACCGACAGCAUUUUAACGAAAAGAUGCUGUAAGAAGGAUGUGAGAAAUAGGGCACUGCAUACGGCGGUUGCUAGAUAAAUUGUUCGUUGUUCGUGUGGCGUUUCGUGGCCUUGUUGUUUACGAUUUGGACUUAGAGAAAUUUCGUUCGUUUCCUCAGGAAGUGUGAUUGAAAUUAAAAUUUAAUUUUUGCGCGCGUAUGUGAAAAAUCCAGAUUGUGAGAUUUCAACGGAAUUCCAAGGGAAAUGCCAAUGAGAGACAUUGCGCUGGGAUUCUAAGGGAACUUUUAAUGGUAUUACAGCGAGAACUAUGGUUGGAUACUAAUUAUAAAUUCUGCAAUAUUGGAGUUCGGACUACGGUGGGAGGAAUUCUGCUGGGACUCUGACGGUUACCUUGUGGAGUUUUAGACGAAAUACGAGGUAGGACAAAGCUUCACGGGGAAUUUAAUGAAGAUUCACGAAAGAUUCUUUGUGAUGAAUCUUUUGGCAUUCCGUACGAAGGUUUUUCUUUGGGGUUCCGCAGAAAGUCUUCUUGAAAUUCUUCCAGAUGUUCCACCGAAAAAUCCACCAGAAGUUCGCAGGGGAUUCUCAUAAAAUGUCUCUGAGAUUUUCAUUAGAAGUUCUACAAAAAAUCGCUCCGUGAGUUCCUUCUAAUUCAGGAUUUAUUUAUUUAUUUUGUUUUUUUUGGGGAUCUUCUAGGAGUUCCUUCAGGGUUUUCUCCAGAGGUGUUUUCUAAGAUUCUACCAGGAGUUUUUUCGAACUAUUCUACAAUAAUUUCAUCCGGGACUACUUUAGUAUUUUUUAUCCGGAGUUCACUCAGAUAUUUAUUCGGAGAUUCCCGCAGGAAUUCCUUCCGGGAUCAUUUCAAGAGUUCCUUCUAGGAUUUCUACAGGAAUUCAUUCUUAGAUUCAUCCUGGAGUUCUUUCAGUGAUUCUUCCAGGAGUCCUUUCUAAGAUACAACUUUUUGAGAUUCCUCUAGCUUGUAUCUGGACGUUUCUUAUGUGAAUCCUCAAAGAAUUCCUUUUGUAAUUUCUAUAGCUUCUUCCGGGAUUCCUCCAGGAACUCCUUCUAGGUUUCCUCUAGGAGUAAAUUUAUGGGUUCCUCUCAUAGUUUCUUCUGGUAUUUCUCCAGGAUUUUCUUCUAAGAUUACACCAGGGGUGGCAUCCAGAAAUUUUACCCGGGAUAUCUUCCGGGAAUUUUUCAAAAGUUCUUUCCGGAAUUUCUUCAGGACUUCCAGACUCCUGGAAAAUAAUUCAUCCAGGAUAUCCUUCCGGGAUUCCUCCUAGAACUUCUACUGGGAUUCCUUGCAGAUUACAUAUUCUGGAAUUCAUUCUGAAAGUUUCUUAAAUUUUGCUCAUGGAAAUACUCCAGAAGUUUUUUUUAUUCUUUAUGGAAGUACUCCAAGACUUGCUCUUGAGUUCCUUAUAAAAUUCCUCCAACCGCUUCUUAACGAAUAUCUCCAGCAGUUUUGCAGGGAAUAUCUACACGAGCUAUUUUAGAGAUUCUUUCAAUAGUUUCUUCCCAGAUAAAAAUCUGAAGACAUUCCAAAAGGUUCUGGAGAAAUCCUAAAAAAAGGCGUGAAGGAAUCCCUGAAAGAACUUCUAGAAUAAUUUCAUAGGAAUCUUCUGGAGGAAUCUCUAGAGAAUUCCAUGAAGGAAUUUCUAGAGAAUUCCAUGAAAGAAUCUCUGAAGGAAUCCCGUAUGGAGUUACAGAAGUAAUCCUAGAGAGAACUCCUGGAAGUUCUGAACAAAUCCUAAACAAAUUGCUGGAAGAAUCUCUGAGGGAACUCCCUUUGGUAUCCCAGAAAGAACUCCUGGAGCAAUCCUGAAUUUAUUUCUAGAGAGAUAUAGGAAGGAAUUUCUGGAGGAAUCCCAAGCAGAAAUUCUGUGGGAAUCUCAGAGCAAUUCUCGUAGGGAUCUCGGAACGAAUUCCUGGAAUUCAGAAAGAUGUCCUAAUAAAAUGGUAAAUGACUUAUUUUUUACCAGGAAUAGUGUAUUACGUAAAGCUAAUACCAUAUUAAUUUCAUCAAAAUCGGUUGAAUAUUGGUGGAGAAACGAAUGUUUAAAAAAAUAUCACUUCUUCACUGUUAUAGCUGAGGAAUUCCACGGAGUCAUGUCAGUCGAUCCUGAGCGACCAUUUCAAAAAUAUCUGAAACUUUGCACAGUUUUUCAAUUUCAUCUAAAUCGCCAUUUUUCGAUAUUAAACCUUCAUAUUCACUCACGACUAACUUUUCAAAAGGGUGUAUGCGAAAAUAGUUCAAAAAUAUUCUAAAAGCUGUACAGCAAAAACGGAUUGUUCGAUUGUUAUGAAUUUUUCAGCAAAGUUAGAUAACUAAAUGAUGAUUCCUUAGAAAAUAUACACUGUAAAAAAUUUCUUUUUUUACUUUAAAAAAAUAUCAUCUUUGUCACAAAAACUCAAAUAUCUCAAAACCCUAUCUUUUUACCAACGUCAAUUUUUUAGGGGAAAUGGCCCACUAUAUCAGCUAUCUACCAUCAAAUUUUGGUGAUGGUAAACUGAUAAACAAAAAAGUUAUGACAUUUCAAACAUUUCACAAUUUUUACAUUUAGUAACAAAAAAAAAAUUUUUCUGUGUAAAUUAUUUCGAGAAUUAUAUUUUGAUGCUGAUUUUAUUGUAAAGGCUACCGCCUGAAUUAAACAAGUUGUUUUCAUGAUAUUUUUGUUUGAUUAUUCAUAAUUACUUUAGUAUCUAUUUGAAACUUAGACGCGAUCCAGUGUUGUGAUCAAAAACAUUGAGAGUGUCAUACUUUUUAUUGUACGUGACUGGUGAAAAAAUCCCUUGAUAGUGUUGAAAAGCUGUUGAUUAUAAGAAAAAUGGAAUUAAACUUAUUUUUAAGAGAAAAGCUGUAUAAUAGAAGUUUUAUAUACGCGUAUACGUCUAGUUUAUCUGCAAAAAAAAUUACCUCUUAAAGAACAGACUUUAUGAUCGGAAGAAUGUGAGUAACUUCAACAACAACAAAUGCAUGAGAGGUACAUACCAUAGACAAACAGACGAAACGCCUAGAACAAUUUUCGUGAAAAUCCAUCGCCCAGUUCACACUAACACCACCUGGUGGAAAUGUUUCACGAAACACUGCGUUGUGCAAUAUCGUCAUCAGAAGGCGCUAGUGUGAAACGUCAAACGCACGAUGGGCGCUUUUCUGGUUAUGAAAGCCACAACCAAGAUUCAAAAUGAUCGUUAAAGGCGUGGUCAAUGAAAAUUUCGUCAGUGUUACGUUUGUGUGUCUGUAUACAUACCAUGACAAUGCUCACGAAAAAGCAAAGAAAUACUUCGCUAUGGAUAUUAAAAAUUUAUUAGUAAUUUUUUUCUUCAGCCAAGCAAACAACACCAAACUAGUCAAUUAAAACUAAUAAGUGAUUUUGUUUAUUAUAAUCUAACGAACAACAUGAACAGUCGCUUUCUCAAAGGUCUUCAACUCAACGCUGUCUUGUAGACCGUUUGAUGAAAAAAAUGUUCAAAAGAGUUACGAAAUCUCACCGAGAGCACCAUAGAUAAACUGAAAGAGACUGGUUAUGCCCAAAUGCCCACAUUGAAUACAAAUUUACUUGCACGUCCUGCCGUCUAGACUUUGACAAACGAGCCAUCUGUAUAUCAUCGGUAAAGCAGGGCGCAGGAAGUUCUAAAACGACAACAACUGAGAAAUUGCCAGAAGUGCUAAGUGCAGAGAGUCAUGCCACCGCACCAUCAGCGACAUCUGUUUAAACAAUUUAAUCACGCCCCUUUUCAAAAAUGUUUUGGAAUAUUCUUCAACAUCUAUACCCAUUUCAAUAUUUUUAACGUUGCAAAACACGCUUUCAACAUUCAUCUUGAAGAAGAGGGAAAACACUUGUCCUCAAAUGUAACAGCAAAUUAAUGAAUAAGGUACACCGGGGCAAGUUGAAACGGGUGGGGCAAGAUGAAACAGCGGGUUAACAUGAUGUUUUCUAAUGAUAAUAAAUAGUUUGAUCGCCGUAACGCAUAGUUUUUGAUUCAAACAAUCUUUUAACGAAGGAUAAAUUACCAAAUUGUAUUGAAAUCUGUUUCAAAACUUCGUGUUUCAUCUUGCCCCACCCACCCAUUUCAACUUGCCCCGGUGUACCUUAAACGACUAAUGCGCGGAGGGCGUGAUAAAAUCGGAACAUUACUGUACAUAUAACAUACAUAAUACAUAAUAAAAACAGCUUGUUUUACUCACGCACGGCCAUUAACAAUAAAAUCAGCAUCAAACUGUGAUUUCCGGCCGAAAUAAUUUACACUAAAAAAAAAAAAUACUAAAUGUGAUAAUUGUGAAAUGUUUUAAUUGUCAUAGCUUUUUUGUUUAUUAGUUCAUCAUCACCAAAUUUUUAUGGUAGAUUGUUAAUACAAUGGACCGUUUUCCCUAAAAAAUUACGUUGGUAAAAAGAUAGGGUUUUGAGAUAUUUGAGUUUUUGUGACAAAAAUGAUAUUUUUUAAGAUUAAAAAAGAUUUUUUUUCACAGUGUAUAUUUUCUUAGGAAUCACCAUUUAGUUAUCUAACUUUGCUUAACAAUAAAAUCAGCAUCAAACUGCGAUUUCUGACCGAAAUAAUUUACACAGAAAAAAUAUUUACCAAAUGUGAAAAUUGUGAAAUGUUUGAAAUGUUAUAACUUUUUUGUUUAUUAGUUUACCAUCACCAAAUUUUUAUGGUAGAUUGCUAAUAUAAUGGACCUUCUUCGCUAAAAAAAUUACGUUGGUAAAAAGAUAGGGUUUUGAGAUAUUUGAGUUUUUGUGACAAAAAUGAUAUUUUUUAAUGUUAAAAAAGAUUUUUUUUCACAGUGUAUAUUUUCUUAGGAAUCACCAUUUAGUUAUCUAACUUUGCUGAAAAAUUCAUAGCAAUCGAACGAACCAUUUUGGCUGUACAGAUUUUUGAAUAUUUUUGAACCAUUUUCACAUACACCCUUUUGAAAAGUUAGUCGUGAUUCAAAAUUAAAAUUUGAUAUCGAAAAAUGGCAAUUUAGAUGGAACUGAAAAACUGUGCAAAGUUUCAGUUCAAUAGAAAAUCAUGAAUUAAAAAAUUUGCUUAAUUUUGAUGCUGUUGCUUGGAAUCGCUCAGCUCUAGAUCCAAAAAUACUGAACCGAUUUCAAUCUGUUCUGUAUGUAAAGUAUACAUGUAGAAAUAUUGUGUAAAAAUUUCAUUCAAUUUGAUCUAGCCGUAAUAAAGUUAUAGCCGCAUAUGUGGCACAAAGUCACAAUAAGCAAAAAUGUUUUUUUUUGUAUCGUGACAUUCAAACAGUUAUAACUUGAAAAGUUUUCAAGCAAUUUGGCUAAGAAUAGUUUUUAUAAUGGAUUUACAAAUUCAAAUGUUAAUAAAAAUCGGAACAGUCAUGACAGUUGUACAAACAAAAUAGUACACACGGAAUAAAAUGAUUAAAAAGUACCUAAAAUAUGCCUUGAAGCGGUUUGAUUUUUUUUAUCUGUAUUAACGAGAUUUUUAGCCCUGGGCUAGUUCAUCUCGGGGCCCACGCUUUACUUUCCUUCCGAAGGAAGAACUCACAUUUUGCGAGUUUGUCGGGAGUGGGAUUCGAUCCCAGGUCCUCGGCGUGAUAGGCGUGCGCUUUAACCAUCACACCAGGUCCGCUCCCUGUAACAUUUGAUUAGAAUUUUGAAUACUAGAAAAACGUAUUGAGUUGAACCGAUUUUGAGAUUUUUUUCCAGUUUAUUGAUACUCUGUUAAGAACUUCGAGUCAAAUUUUCAGACGUCUUGACGAGUUACAUCAAAAUUAUAGCCUACACAAUUUUUAAAACGUGUGAAAAAAUUUGCUAAAAUUUUAUUUUAUGAUAUUAACAAUAUCUGCGCCUAGAUCUGCGCCAAUACCAAACUGAAUUUGUUGCGAUUGUUAUGGUAUUAGCUACACAUUAUAUAUUAUUCCUGUUCAAAAAAAUAUUUGAUUUUGUGAACGCAAUGAAAAGCUAUACAUUAUUUUCUGUGUCCAAAUUUCAUCGAAUACAGUCUUUACUUCCAGGGCCCAUAUAGCCGAGGCGGUAAACGCACGGGUAUUCAGCAUUACCAUGCUGAGGGUGACGGGUUCGAUUCCCGGUCGGUCCAGGAUCUUUUCGUAAAGGAAAUUUCCUUGACUUCCUUGGGCAUAGAGUAUCUUCGUGCCUGCCACACGAUAUGCACAUGCAAAAUGGUCAUUGGCAGAGGAAGCUCUCAGUUAAUAACUGUGGAAGUGCUCAUAGAACACUAAGCUGAAAAGCAGGCUUUGUCCCAGUGAGGACGUUACGCCAAAAAGAGGAGAGGAGUCUUUACUUCCCUGGUUCUAGUGCACCGUAGAACAUUCAACAAACGAAAUGAAAUGAUUAUGAUGCAACAGUUUUUAGAAUCAUUGUCUCCUCAUCAACUUAACUCAAAUGCUAUUUCCUUUUUUAAACUGUCGAACUAUUUAUAAACAAUUCAGUUUUGGGGUGUCUUUAUAAAUUUUUAAACUACGUAACGGCAAAUUAUUCAACCUCAAGAAAUUCAAUCUUGUGUUCUGAUGCAGCCAUGCUGAGGGACGACGGAGUACACAUUAUAGAGCGACACGGCUAAAUACUAAUGCACACUGUGAACGCGCAGGCGCGAAAGAAGAAACA